AUGGAGAGAUCUGCCGCGGAAGUUGGACCUGAACAAACUCCUCCAGUACCUACUGGACCUUUUGGCUACGCAUUUCUUUCACCAAUGGAUACACCGUUCGAACAGCCUCCGGCUUUGCCUCCGGGGCUUCCCCUCCUUGACGAUAAUGAAUCGAGUAUGCUGGAUAAUUUCUUCAGCACCAUGAACACAAACAACCUGGCAAAUGACUUCUGGUUGCGAGGCCAUCAUGACAAACCUCCUGGCCUCGACUUUGGCUGGAACCAGGAACUUCCACCCACGUUUGAGGGCUCUACAACUUCACUAUCUCAGUCCUCAUUUGUGACUCCGAACUCGAAGGCCAACGUGGUGGGAGGAGGAGGAGACACAAACGCCGACAUUUACGCCGCGGCUUCCUUGCUCUUUCCCAACGAAACGCAUGGAGGUCAUCUAGGUCCUGCGCUGGCACAGCAUACCUUCACAGGCCAACCACUAAAUUUGGGCGUUGCGCAUGGUCGACGGGAUUCUCGAAACCCGGUACAUGCAGUAGCCUCGAGUUCCUCAUCCUCGAGGCCACGUGUCCCAACUGGGUUUCACACCUCUGAGAUGCUUUUCGAUGUGCGCGAUCCCAUUCCUGUCGACCAACAUCCCUCGCGCAAAGCCAGGGGUCUUCACUGGGGCUCAGACGGUAGCUUCAUGGACCAAGGCUACGUUGCGCCCCCUGAUCAACCUGAUAUGGAAACCCGUACGAGAGAGUUACUAGGACAACUUGAUUGUUUCGAGCCUCAGGACAGUGCGGCCACCACCCGUGCUCCCAGUCCCGAGCGUACCACUCAAUCGAACAAUACAAGCGCAGCUCAUCAUUCGACGGGCGACGAGAACGACUCGCACCCUCGGAAACGACAGCGUACUAUCAAAGGAAAGAGUGAUUCGCCAUCCGAAGAUGAAGAACCCGGCUCACAACCCAACAAAUCCCGGUCGUCCAGCAUUGCCAAGGGUCGACGUGCAUCGACCGACGGGUCUCGAAAGGCGCGAGUCAUUCAAGGAGCUAAAGCUACCCGUGAGAAUCUGUCCGAGGAGCAGAAACGAACCAACCAUAUUCUGUCGGAGCAGAAAAGACGCAAUCUCAUUCGUCAAGGCUUUGACGACCUCUGCUCUCUGGUUCCAAGUCUACGGGGUGGUGGCUUUAGCAAAAGCGCCAUGCUCACCCAAGCUGCAGACUGGUUGGAGGACCUUCUCCGUGGCAAUGAGCUCCUGCGAAGCCAGCUCACCGACAUGAAAAGUAUCAAUGGUCUCGUAAUGCCUCGAUGA